AUGGAGCAAGAUCCGUAUAGCCACGGCUACUAUGGCCAUCCAGUACCAUCUGCUACAACAACCGUCAAUCCUACGCCAAUCCGAUCCGGAACUCCAAACACAGACAAUAGCCGCACCCCAUUUGGCGACAAUGAUACGGCAUCCUUGAACCGCCCGGGAAGAGGCACGAAUCCGUUCACCAGCCCCGAUGCAUCAAGGCCGGCAUCCAGCUUUGGCUCCUCAAGCGCCAUGGGGCCUCGAUAUGAUGUCAAUUCCCAGCUCUACUUCCACUCUAGGCGAGUAAUGAAGGGCGAUAUCGAAAAGCCUUGGCUGGAGAAGAAGGAUCCCAAGGAGAAGUGGGUGACUAUCCUGCCAAUCAUCGGCAUCUUGAUUGGCUUGGGUAUUUCUGGGUUUUUGGUUUGGGACGGCAUUCGCAACGUCGUGCACCACAAGUACUGCCCUGUUUUGGACGAUAGUUUCGACGGCGGCUUCAAUACCAACGUUUGGACCAAGGAAGCCCAAGUUGGCGGCUUUGGCAAUGGCGAGUUCGAGCAGACCACUGCGGGCGACGAAAAUGUCUUUAUCCAAAACGGCAACCUAGUCAUCAAGGCCACUCUCCAAGACGCUGAAAAGGUGGAAAAGGACAACGUCAUCAACCUGCUCAAGGACGGAACCUGCACGUCUAAAGAUUGGUACAGCUGCGUGGCUGCCACCAACACCACGACGGGCAACUCCAGCGUCGUCCCUCCAACCAAAUCUGGCCGCAUCAACACCAUGAAAGGCGCCAAGCUCAAGUACGGCCGCGUGGAGGUUACGGCCAAGCUUCCCGAAGGCGACUGGCUUUGGCCCGCCAUCUGGAUGAUGCCUGUCAAGGACACGUACGGCCCAUGGCCUGCGUCCGGAGAGAUCGACAUCAUGGAGUCUCGAGGCAACAACUGGACCUACGAGCAAGGCGGCAACAACAUCAUGUCGUCGGCCCUCCACUGGGGCCCGGAUCCCGCCAAUGAUGCGUGGUGGAAGACCAACAACAAGCGCCAGGCCCUGCACACGACCUACAGCAGCGGGUUCAAUACAUAUGGCCUCGAAUGGUCUCAGAAGUAUCUCUUCACCUAUGUCAACAGCCGUCUGCUCCAAGUCUUGUACACCAACUUUGACAAGCCCCUGUGGAAUCGCGGAGGCUUCCCCGACGCCAACUCCAACGGCACACGGUUGAAGAACACGUGGAGCGAAACUGGUCGGGCGAACACGCCGUUCGACCAAGAGUUUUAUCUCAUUAUCAACCUGGCCGUCGGUGGUACCAACGGCUGGUUUGAGGAUGGCAAGUCCGGCAAGCCGUGGCUUGACCGGUCACCCAGUGCGCGCAAGGACUUCUGGAACGCCAGGGACACUUGGCAGGCGACGUGGAAGCAGCCUCAGCUGGAAGUCAGUCGCGUCUUGAUGCUGCAGCAGUGUGACGGCGAUGAGGAAUUGUAA